AAGCGUUACAGUUUAUGAAUAAAAAAGAUCUUGAGUGUGCCAUCUGCCUCAGCAGGUUUAACCAACCAAAGACACUGAAAUGCAUGCACACCUAUUGUCUACAGUGUAUCCAGAAAUGGGUGGAAACUCAUGGGAAGAUGAAAUGCCCAAUAUGUGGACAAGAACAUGAUUUAACAAAAGAAGACCUAAAAAAGCUGGCUUCCAAUACAAUGAUAAGUCAAUUACUAGAGUAUGUCAUGAAAACUGAGGAUCAGAAACCAACUAACUGCUCUUUUUGUGACAACCAACCAGCAUACCAUUGCUCAACAUGUCAACUGUAUCUAUGUGGAGCUCAAUGUGUCAAACAACACAAGGCAGUACCUUUAACUAAGGAUCAUCCACUUUACACACUAGACAAGAAAGAACAAGAUGGCAAACAAAUCAAUUGCCAAGUUCACUGCAACACCCCACUGGAAUUUUACUGUUCCAAUUGCAACAAGUCAGCAUGUAAGAAAUGUGAACACAUCCUUCGCUGUUAUCAAAAACAACAUAAAGUGAUUCCAAUGUCAACUGCUGUAGAGAAAUUUAACAAAGAUGCCAAUGAUAUUGUUGAGUUAGCUCAUAAAAUUGAAAAGACAUUAACAGAAAAACAAGAAACUUUAACUAAAGAUAGAUCAGAAUUCGAUUCCCAAUUGAUGUUAUGCAGAACAGCUAUAAAAAUUCAGGAAAAGAAACUUCUCAGGAAAGUUCAAGAGAAAAGCAAGGAAUUACUAAUAGACCUUGAAAUUAUAUACAAAAAAAAGAAAGAAAAUUUUGACAGUGAAGUUAAUGAUAUCGAUUCAAAGAUUACUCAAAUAAAGAAUCUGAUAGUCUCAACCAAUACAAUGAUGAACAAACCAGAAGAAAUUAAAACUCUUUUAUCUCAUAAAACAACUGUAAAAGCUGUUAAAGAUAAAGUCCUAGGAACUGACUUUGAUCAGUCAUUGCAAAUGAGGACUAUCACACCUAACUUUAUUCCAUCUGUGCAACUGGAUGAGUUGAUGAAUACAGAGGGCAUUGGUAGAAUCACAAUUGUUGAUAGCCUGACAUACAAGGUUGCUGAAGAUGAUGAACACAUUACUGUAACAAAAGGUCAACCAUUUGUAGUGAAAGUAUCAAGUCUGACAGAGUGUGAUGCAUGCCAAUUAGCUGCUACUUUAAUAAACUUCUCAAGUGAAGAAUCACCAACUAAAGUAGAAUAUGAUGAAAACGGACAUUACAAAAUAACAGGUAGAUGCAAUGUGGAAGGUGAUUGGCAAAUGAAGAUAACUGCUGGAGGUGUGGACAUCAAAGGGUCUCCAGUGAAUAUCAAGGUGGAAAAACUUGGACUUGUUCAUAUCAUUGAUAACAUAUCUGAUUAUGGAGAACAUAUCGAAGUGGCAGAUGUAAUAUCAGAUACAGAUGGAUAUAUUUUAGUAUCAACCUUAAGUACAGAUAUAUUGAAAUUCAACCAAUCAGGUUCAUUUGUUGCUAAAAUACAGGCACCACAGGAUUUCCAGGUCAAUGGAAUGCAUCAACUGGGUGAUGGGCAUGUGAUAUUUACAGAUCAAUUAGGAAAAUGUGUAGUAAUGUGUGAUGAUAAAUUUCAAGAAAUCCAUUCAUUUGGUAAAGAGAUAUUGAAGUGUCCACAAGGCUUGGCAGUAAACAAAGAAACUAGAGUCCUGUAUGUAGCAGAUUGUCAUGCUGACUGUGUGUUUAAAUUCAAUGUUGAUGAUGGUACACUACUGGGUAAGAUAGGUUCAGAGGGUAGUGAAGGAGGUCAAAUGAAUGAACCACAAGAUGUCACUUUAACUAAGGAAGGUCAUGUGAUUAUUUCUGAUUUCGGAAAUAAAAUAAUACAAAUUUUUAAUACUAGUGAUGAGUUAAUAAAAUUCUUUGUAUGCUGUGGUGGGAAAUAUGAUUAUAUUGUUAGUCCUACUGCUGUAUUGAUGGAUAUGGAUGAAAACAUAAUGGUUUCAAGUCAUGAAAAAUUACAAUUAUUUGAUAAAAAUGGUGUCUUCAUAAAACGAAUAGAUCAUGAAGAUGAUGGAUUAUGUCUUCCAAGUGGAAUCAGUAUAAUCUCCAAGAGACCAAGAAGAGUAGCUGUAGCAGACCAUGGAUCAAACAAUGUUAAAAUAUUCAAUUAUUAAAAUGAAAAUUAAAUACAUGAAUCCUAGUAUCAUAUACAUUUCACAUCUAUUUUUAUACAUUAAUGAAAAUGAUUGGUUUUAUCAUGUACAGUAGUUUAUAUAAAUCUAUUAAUUUAUAUUUAUUUACUGAUAAUUACAAUAGAAAACUACAUUAUAAUAAAAACAUUGAGUAAUUAUUAGAAAAUAAAUGCAUAAAUCACUACAUAUUAUUAAAUUGUUGUAUUUGUAUAUCCACAAAAUAAACCUCUUUUACUCCAUUGAUAAAAGACAUUGAACAUGAAGGAUGUUUGAUAUUCUACCGCAAGUGAAAAUGGACACAGAGAAGGAUUCUAUAAUUUUAUGGAUUUUUAGUUAUCUGCAGUUUUAGGAAUACUUAUUUUUGUAAAAUUAUUUUAAUUUGUUUUUAGCUUUCGUUGUUCAAGUACUUGGAUUAUUGGUAUGUUUUUUAUCCUAGUUUGAACUACAAUAAUUGUUUAAUAAACUUUAAUAAGUUUAUAAUUCUUAUUUAUUAUA